CCUCCAUGAAUGAAUAAGCUGUUUCGGAGAAAGGCUCCUGGAUUCGCUGCUGCAGAAAUCACCAAAACAGCAGAACGCGCUUCGCUGGUGCGUCGCUCCGAUCUUUCCACUGAACGGACCAAACUGCUCGGGGGAAACGUGAGACUUGUUUUGGGCAAAAAGUUGACAACUUUUUUAAAUUCUUCCAAAAAAACAAAGACGGCUCGUUUGAGCGACAAGUGGAGUUAUGUUUAAGAAAAGCAAGAGUAAAGUGCUGGUGGAUUAUGCGUCAGAGGAAGACGACAUGUCCUGGCACUAUCAUCACUCCUACAAGGACAAAGACGUAGAAGGAGAGGAAGAGGAGGAGGAAGCCGUCACAGCAGUGUCCAAGGAGGCCAAGGUGAAGAAGAUCAUGUCCAAGAAGGAGAGGAGGGAGAAGAAGAUGUUUUCCUCCAAAGAUGAUGAGCACUUCUUGUUGACCGGAGUCAACCUGGCUGACCGCAGAGGGUCUCACAAGAAAAUCAAGGAUGAUGAGAAGGAGAAAGAAAAGAAGGACAAGCCAGAUAAGGGCCUCUGUUUUUGGGAAAGCGUAACCAUGACAAUGAGGCAAAUCUCACCCACUAAAAAACUGGAGAAGAUGGAGGGUUGGGAGCCGCCUCACCUCAACAACUUAAACGAGGCUGUGACUGACGAAGCUCCGGAGGACAAGACCCAGAAAGGGGACUCACCCGUGUCAUUCCCUGAAUCCUUAGGCCUCCCGUUGGAAUUGGCCUCCUGGGCAGGCCGGGGUCAGGAAGAGGACUCCUCCCGCUAUGCUAACCUGUCGGAUUCCACAGCUGCUGUCAGGUGGACAGCCCGUGCCAAAGUCAAGCUGGCUGGUAUCAGUAGGAUGAGCAGAGCGAUUGUGUCAGAGAGCGCAUGGGAGGGGUUUAAAUAGUAGUGAUUUUUUACCUUUGAUGCACCUCCCUACUCACCUGUAUACCACCAAUAAAGAGGAUGAAGACCUGAACCAAAUAUCUGCUUGUCUCUGUAGUCUAGUUCUGGACAAAACCAGUUAAUGUCAACUGGUAUGGAGAUGCUAUAGUGUAGCCCUGAAUGUAACACAAGAAAUUUGUCCAUAUCAUUUUAGAGUUGAAGUCCUUGAAGACUAUAUAUGUGAUUUCUGCCAGAUUGAUAAACCAGGGUUGCCAGUUCACUGACAUAAAUGUAAAUUACAAUAAAAUGGAAGCCUUACACUACUGUGAUAUCCACUGGUCUGGCAUUUAGAUGUUUUAUAUUGCCAGGAAAUGUUUGAAAUGUAUUGUGGCUGUUAAUGUAUGCAAACCUGCUACUGAAGACUUUAUCCUGCAAAAAUGGGUUUCAUUUCAUUUACAUCUAUGCAGUUAGUAACAGCAUCAGAGCAAAGAAAGUGAGUCUGAAUCCUUAACUUAAACAUCUAUAAUGGGCUUGAAACUAUAUAUUACAGGCGUGUGUGUGUGUGUGUG